GUUGAAAGGAGAGAAGCAAUGGGAAGAAAGGAAGAAGAGAGACGCCGAGGAGGCGAAAAAGAGAAAGUGGGAGAGUCAUGGCUCCCAAGGUUCCAACAAAAAGGGGAACCACGGAGGAGGAUCUUUCCGGGCACCACCGCCACCAUAUAGGGGGAACCAAGGCCCGAGUGGGCAAGGCGCGAGGUCACAAACCUCAGUGGUAGCUCGUUGCAACAAUUGCAAGAAGAACCACUCCGGUAAAUGUCGCGACCCCCCUAGAUGUUUUCAAUGCGGGGAUGUCGGGCAUUUGAAGGCACAUUGCCCACAAUUGAGUGGGGCAAGGACAUCGGGACCGAGUAGCGGUCCGACGGGUACACGGAAUCAAACCGGAGCUUCUCAAGCGAGCCGGGGACAUGGGGGAGCGAGUACGAGCAACGCGCCAUCCGUGAAUCAAGGAAGAACUCAAGCUAGAGUUUAUGCGAUGACGGAGGCGGAUGCUCGAGCUAACCCGGACUCGGUUGCAGGUAUUGCCUCUUGCACAAUUGUAUUUUGUCCAUAUUUAAUCCAUAAAUUGAUGACAUAAGUCAUAGGGAUUGAGUGCGAGCCAUUUCGGGGUCAAACGGCGAAAUUCGGGCCAAAACUGACCAAAAACAGGGACGCACGAUCGUGCGUCCAACCCCACGCACGAUCGUGCGUAGGGGACAGUGGUUCCAGGUGAAUUUCGCGCAGGACGCACGACCGUGCGUGCCGGUACGCACGCCGUGCGUGGACGCACGAUCGUGCGUGGCCGGGUACGCACGAUCGUGCGUAACCGGCAGUGGUCGGAUUCGACGUUUCUUCACGCACGCACGACCGUGCGUGUCCCACGCACGACCGUGCGUGGACCCCAGCCGCCCGAAACCUAAGUUUUUCCUCUCGUUCUUCUACGAUUGGACCCCCGUUUGAUUCCGAACAUCUAUAUGAACCUAUUAACCUCCAAAAAGUGUCCUAAACCAUUAGAAAAGGUAUCUUACAUGGUGUAUAAAUGUAGGAACAUUAAAGAUUAAUGGGAAGGAUGCACGAAUCCUUAUCGAUACCGGAGCGCAACGUUCGUUCGUGAGUGAGGCGUUCGCCGAGGACUUAGGGGUACAAUCAACACCAAUGACGCACACAUUAGUGGUAUCAACACCACUAGGGGAUGAUGUCGAAAGAACUAGUUAUUAUCCAUCUUGUGAGGUGGAAAUUGAUGGCCAAACCUUGACGUGUGAUUUCGUACCGCUGAGUAUGAUGGAGUUCGAUGCAAUCCUAGGGAUGGAUUGGCUAGAAAAGCAUCAUGCUAGGGUAGAUUGCUACACAAAGGUUUUGGAACUCGAAGGCAAUAAUGGGGACACCCUACGCUUCGAGGGGGAUCGAGGCAAAUCAAACAGUUGUAUUAUUUCCGCCGUGAGAGCGAGAAGUAUGAUGAGAAAGGGAUGUCACGCAUAUCUAGCAUACGUGGUUGACAAAACCAAGGAGGAAACGAACAUUGACGACGUGAGGGUGGUUUGUAAGUACCCGGAUGUCUUCCCUAAAGACCUACCGGGGCUUCCACCUGAUAGGGAGAUUGAAUUUGUGAUCGAGGUCGAGCCUGGUACCAAACCAAUCUCCAUACCGCCAUACCGUAUGGCACCCGCUGAACUUAACGAGUUAAAAACCCAAUUGCAAGAGCUUUUGGAUAACGGUUUCAUCAGACCAAGCCACUCCCCAUGGGGGGCACCGGUCCUUUUUGUGAAAAAGAAGGAUGGAACACUUCGAAUGUGCAUUGACUAUCGUCAACUGAACAAGGUCACAAUCAAGAAUAGGUAUCCCUUGCCUAGGAUUGAUGACUUGUUUGAUCAACUACGAGGAGCAACCGUGUUUUCAAAGAUUGACUUGAGGUCGGGGUACCAUCAAUUGAAGAUUAAGGAGGAUGACAUACCGAAGAGUGCUUUCCGCACGAGAUAUGGGCAUUUUGAGUUCCUUGUUAUGUCGUUUGGGUUAACAAAUGCCCCGGCGGCAUUCAUGGACUUAAUGAACCGAGUAUUUCACAAAUACUUGGACCGAUUCGUGAUUGUGUUCAUUGAUGACAUCUUGAUCUACUCAAAGAGUGAGGAAGAGCAUGAGGAGCACUUGAUACUUGUUCUUGAGACACUACGGGAGAAGCAACUCUAUGCCAAAUUUUCUAAAUGUGAAUUUUGGCUUAAGGAGAUUGGCUUUCUCGGGCACGUGGUUUCUGGAUCGGGAAUUGCUGUUGAUAACAAGAAGAUAGAAGCCAUUACCGAGUGGGAGAGGCCAAAGAACGUUAAGGAAAUUCGUAGUUUCCUUGGAUUGGCAGGCUACUACAGGAAGUUCGUGGAGAAGUUCUCUGUUUUGGCAUCACCAUUGACGAAGCUCACUCGUAAAGGAGCUAAGUUUGUAUGGGAUGACAAAUGUGAGAAGGGGUUCAUGGAACUAAAGAAACGGUUGACCGAGGCACCGGUACUUGCAUUACCCAAACAGGGUGUGGGGUACGAUGUCUAUAGUGACGCGAGCAUCCAAGGGUUUGGGUGUGUACUGAUGCAGGAAGGGAGGGUAAUUGCCUAUGCUUCACGACAGUUGAAGAAGCAUGAGGUAAAUUAUCCUACCCAUGAUUUGGAGCUGGGAGCGGUGGUGUUUGCACUGAAGAUUUGGAGACAUUAUCUCUACGGAGAGACAUGUCACAUAUAUACCGAUCAUAAGAGCUUGAAAUACGUGUUUACUCAGAAAGAGCUAAACAUGAGACAGAGACGGUGGAUGGAGUUGAUAAAAGACUACCAUCUGGUGAUAGAGUAUCACCCAGGCAAGGCUAACGUGGUGGCAGAUGCUUUGAGCCGGAAAAGCUCGUCUGGGCCAUUGCUAGCUAAUUUGAGGGCAUUAAGAGCCCAACUGGAGGUAUCCAGCGAUGGUGCCUUAUUGGCACGAUUUGAGGUGAGACCCACUUUACUUGAUGAGAUCAAGAAGGGUCAGGAAACCGACGAAGAAAUUAUGAAGAUCCGGGAACGCAUGCAAGCGGGACCGGUGGAGGACUUCCGAGAAAGAGAUGACGGUCUCUUAUUAUUUCGUGACCGAGUGUGUGUACCGGCAGAUGACGAGCUCCGAAAGUCCAUCUUAGAGGAAGCUCAUUCAUCGGCUUAUGCCAUGCACCCGGGGGGCACGAAGAUGUACCGUGACCUGAAGGAGAGUUACUGGUGGUCAGGUAUGAAGAGAGAAAUAGCCGAAUAUAUCAGUCGAUGCCUUACUUGUCAACAAGUUAAGGCAGAGCAUCAGCAUCCAGCGGGCUUAUUGCAACCACUUUCCAUUCCUGAAUGGAAGUGGGAACACGUGACUAUGGAUUUUGUGGUAGGGUUGCCACGGACGAUCAGGAACUAUGAUGCAGUUUGGGUUGUUGUAGAUAGGCUCACAAAGAGUGCACACUUCUUACCUAUCAACACUACUUACCCACUCGAGAGGUUAGCCAAAUUGUACACGGAUGAGAUCGUGAGGCUACAUGGGGUUCCAGUGACCAUUGUAUCCGAUAGAGACCCACGAUUCACAUCACGUUUUUGGCCGAAAUUUCAGGAGUCUAUGGGAACGAGGUUGAAGUUCAGUACUGCUUUCCACCCACAGACGGACGGGCAGUCUGAAAGAGUCAUACAGAUCUUAGAAGACAUGCUGAGGGCUUGCGCAUUAGAGUUCCAAGGAAGUUGGGACAACCACUUAGCACUUGUGGAGUUUGCCUAUAACAACAGUUAUCAGGCAAGCAUCGGCAUGCCUCCAUACGAGGCAUUGUAUGGGAGGAGAUGCCGUACACCAUUAUGCUGGGAUGAGGUUGGCAUGGCCAAACUCGAGGGUACUGAGUUGGUUGAGGUCACCAAGUCAAAGGUGAAGUUGAUUCGAGAGAGACUCAAGGCGGCUCAGGAUAGGCAAAAGAGUUAUGCGGAUAAGCGUCGAAGGACCUUAGAGUUUAAGGUUGACGACGAGGUAUUCCUGAAAGUUUCUCCUUGGAAAGGAAUCAUUCGAUUCCAAACCCGAGGAAAGCUUAACCCACGAUAUAUAGGCCCAUUCAGAAUUAUAGAGAGGGUUGGGGCCGUAGCAUAUCGUCUACAGUUGACUCCUGAGUUGGAGAAGAUUCAUAAUGUAUUUCACGUGUCCAUGCUUAAGAAGUAUGUGCAUGAUCCUUCUCAUGUGUUGGAGAAGCCGCCCGUGGAGGUACGUGAAGAUUUGAACUAUGCCGUGCAACCGGUAAGAGUUAUUGACAGAAAAGUGAAGAAACUGAGGAGUAAAGAAGUUCCAAUGGUUAAAGUCCUUUGGAAGAGUGACCGGGUCGAAGAAGAGACUUGGGAAACAGAAGCCUUGAUGAGGAAGCAGUAUGCAUUCCUAUUUGAGUAAAGCUGUGAAUUUCGGGGACGAAAUUCCUGUUAAGGGGGGGUGAACUUGUGACACCGCUCCCGAAGGUCCUUGAAAAUUUGAUUUGAAUAUUCAAAGCUUAUGUAUUGGAUUUCUGAUUCCCAAACAUUUUGUAAAACGAUCAAUGUUCUACGUAGUGCAUGGUUGAAUAUCGUACUGUUCAAACUCGUACAUUAGUGUCGGGUUUCGCAAAUACUUACUCGGGACUUAUUAAUAAAUAAAAGAGCCCAACAUUAUCUAUAUAAGUGAUCGAAGGAUUAAAGAAGAAUACAAAUGCCUAUAACCC